GGGGGGGGGCAGCAUCGCCACCACCGGAACCAGUACGGGAACGAAGAUGGCACCAUGAAAGACGCAUGUAGACGUCCGGGCCCCCACCGAGACGAUCCCAUCCGAUCCGCUUUUGCAGCACCUGUGGCGGAUGACAUUUCCCGAUGGGCUGCGGGGGGAGCAGGGCGGACGCGAUCAUCGAGCCGAGGUACCAUGAGAGCUGGACCAGAGAGACCGAGUCGACGUGGCUGACCAACACGGACGUGGAGACUCCUCUUCCGGUGUCCGCCAGCAAGACUUUUGAGGCCAAGAGGAUGGUGACCACAGGAACCCAAUGUGGGAAGCAGAACCUGAGCGGAACCAGCAGCUGCAACCAUCAGAGGAGGCAGAGACGAUCUUUUAGUGAUCAAGCCACGCGAGACUCCAAGAGGAAGGCGUCCAAGGAGGCGGGGUCGCUGAGCAAGGAGGUGCAGUCCAUCAGCAUCAGCAGCCACCCGGACCCCGAAGCUUCCACCGACGGCAGGUGAAGACCAGAUCGGCUCCAUGAUGGGAGGAGGAGGAGGAGAAGGAGGAGAAGGAGGUCAGCGAGCAGCGAUGAUGUUUACAAGACACAUUUUUGCGCAUGCCAAAGCAAAGCGUGUGUCGGGGAGGAGGAGGAGCCUGCGCCAUGUUUGUUGCCAUGGUGACGGAGUGUAUCACCACUACGCACACACACACACACACACGUGCACACUCCUGGUAUUCAGCUUCUCUGUGCAGCCUUCUUGUAUGUCUGAGUAGUUGCUACAUAGAUGCUUUCUAUCGGAGGACAACCACAAGUGCUGUUUGUCGGAAGCCGUUGGAGAAACGAAACACCCGCAUGUGCCUCAAAAAAAAAAACAUCAAGACUUUGUUUUUCCCCUUCGCGUCACGUCGCUUUGUUCUUCUUCUCGCAUCUCAUUCCGAUGUGCAUGUCCGGCAGCAGCGCGGAGUUCCGGAGGGGGGGAAAAAAAAAGAGCAGACUUUUCCCACCACAAUCCCAAUCAAGCAUGCUGCCAAGGUGCCAUCUGCUGUGUGGCCAGCAGAGGGGGGUGUUGCUCCCGCCAUGCCUUUGUAACGCCUCAGUCCUCAUCGGCGCCGAUGAACGCUUGAACAGAAAUAAACCACAAGUAAAUGUCAGCUAAAUGUUCUUCCUUUUAUCUUCCAAUGGAUUUAUUGCGUCUUGUAUAGACGAUCUUUGACUUGUAUUCUUACAAACAGCAGAACCAAAACAGAACUGCUUUACUGCUGUUGAAUUGUUGAAUUGUUGAAAAGUAAAAAGAGUGUCGGAAUAGUUUUAAGGAUGAGCUGAAGCAGAACUGAAAUGCGGUAGAAAUGGUUGAAUUUUGAAACGUAAUUGAAUUGUAAUAGUGUUUAUAUAUGUAUUUAUGUAUAUAUAUUGUCAAUUUCCAUGAGGGAAUCCCAAAGGGAUUAAUGAAGUAUUCUGUUUGUCUGAAAACAGCAAAAUAUGCUAGUAUGCUAACGUUAGCCGCUAACAUGCUAACAUUAGCAUGCUAACACCUAGCAUGAAGUGUUAAUACAUAUAUAUGUUUACCCGUAGUAAUAGUAAAAAACAUUGUUAACAUUACCAUGCUAACAUGCUAACAUAAACAUGCUAACACCUAGAAAGAUUGUCCUAAGCGCUUAGAUAUGUUUACCCAUGAAAACACAAAAAUGCUAGUAUGCUAAAAUUAGCAUAUGCUAAAGUUAACAUGAUAACACCUAGCAUGAUAGUGCUAAGCAUUGCAAAACAUGCUAGUAUGCUAACAUCAGCUGCUAACAUGUUAACAUUAGCAUGCUAACAUCUAGCAUGACACUGCUAAGUGUUAAUACAUAUAUAUGUUUACCCGUGUAAAUAGCAAAAAAUAUUAUUGUUAACAUUACCAUGCUAACAUGCUAACAUGAACAUGCUAACACCUAGAAAGAUUGUCCUAAGCGUUUAGAUAUGUUUACCCAUGAAAACACGAAAAUGCUAGUAUGCUAAAAUUAGCAUACUAACAUGCUCAAGUUAACAUGAUACACCUAGCAUGAUAGUGCAAAGCAUUGCAAAACAUGCUAGUAUGCUAACGUUAUCAUGCUAACACCUAGCAUGAUACUGCUAAGUGUUAAUACAUAUAUAUGUACCUGUAGAAAUGGAAAAAAAUAUUAUGUUUACAUUACCCUGCUAACGUGCUAAAAUGAACAUGCUAACACCUAGAAAGAUUGUCCUGUUUAGAUGUUUACCCAUGAAAACACAGAAAUGCUAGUAUGCUAAAAUUAGCAUAUGCUAAAGUUAACAUGAUAACACCUAGCAUGAUAGUGCUAAGCAUUGCAAAACAUGCUAGUAUGCUAACGUCAGCUGCUAACAUGUUAACAUUAGCAUGCUAACACCUAGCAUGACACUGCUAAGUGUUAAUACGUAUAUAUGUUUACACGGAGAAAUAGUAAAAAAUAUUAUGUUAACAUUAACAUGCUAACAUAAACAUGCUAACACCUAGAAAGAUUGUCCUAAGUGCUUAGAUAUGUUUACCCAUGAAAACACAAAAAUGCUAGUAUGCUGAAAUUAGCAUAUGCUAAAGUUAACAUGAUAACACCUAGCAUGAUAGUGCGAAGCAUUGCAAAACAUGCUAGUAUGCUAACGUUAGCUGCUAACAUUAGCAUGCUAACACCUAGCAUGACACUGCUAAGUGUUAAUACAGAUGUAUGUUUACCCAUAGAGAUAGUAAAUAUAUAAUAUAUAUAAUAUAUGACUGGCUUUCCAACAUUUGACAAAGCACUUCUUCCAGAGGAAUGGUGUCACUCUUUUGGACCAUCCUGCGUCUUCCCCUCAUCUAAAUCCAAUGGAGAACAUUUGGGGAUGGAGUUCCAGACAGUGAAGCCAUCUUCAGCACCUGCAGCAACAUUCCCACUGGCCUCCUGGGAACACUGGCAUCAAGCAUGCCCUUUUUAUACUUUUUAUUUCUGUUUUAGCCUUUUUUUGACCUGUGGUCUUCAACUUUGAUCAUCUGAUGAACAGCCUAUUUCACUCCAAUGUUUCUUUUUGUCUCAUUUUGAAACUUGACUUAGAACCUCCUUAAGAUGGAGCAGUGCAAAAUAUCCACGUAGGAUCAGGAGUGGAUGUGUACAUAAUAUGUUUAUGAAGCUUCAAAGUGAGAAGUGUUUCCGGUCAGCAAGGAACCCUGUCAGACAA